AUGCCGCCGGCUAUUGUUUGCUGUCCGUCUGUCCCCUCAUCUGGCGAUUGUGAUGCCUUGUUCGUCCCUUCCACCAGGUGGAUUGGCAACUUCUCUCGGCUGCAGCAGCUGCAUACGCUGCUGCCCUACGUCCCUGUCUCGAACCCUAAGCUCAGUCCCUCCACUUACGAGGGCGUGCUAGUGGAACUGCUUGUUUCCCCGCACUCCUUGUACCACCGCCAGCUGCCGCCCACAUUAGCCCGCUGGCCGCCUGCCCUCUACAACCUGGGCGCCGUCAUUGUUGCCGCGGAGAAGCGCCUGCUGCAGCAUGGCAGUGCCAUCCAGCUGCAGCUCCUGGCGGGUCUCUAUGUGCGCAACAGGGAUUUCAUCGAGGCUCUCGAUGUCUAUCUGCGGAUUCUGGUGGCACAGCACAGGGCACACCACAGUAACUCGAGUGCUGCUGCUGGCCUAACAGAUUCCCACGGGCGCAUGGCUAAUCUUGCUCAGGCUCCUGCUGCUUCUGCUGAUGUGAAUGGGGAUUCUCAAGGGCGAGUGACAAGCCAUGCUGACGUGGAUGGAGAACAGUUGCAUUCACCAGUGAAAUCACCUGUUAACGGCAAUAUAGCAGGCAAAGACGCAGCAGGCAGUGAGACAUCUCACAAAGACGGCAUCAAUAGAAGGGCUGCCUGUCCAUCCUCGGAAGACCACCGCCGAUACCCAGCGCAAGAAUCAAAUGUCUCAUUCCCUAACGAGUCACUAACAAGUGCAAAAUGGCCAGGGCCGGAUUUGUUUGAGUUUAUUCGCGAGCACCGGCUCGUGCGCCACCUCCUCUCUGCCGCCCCCCACCACCACCACCGCCUCCCCUCCCUCUUCCUCAUCCACCCACACCGCGCCGCCGCCCUCCUCGCCGACCACAUCGCCGUCGCGCCGCCUGAAACCGUCGUCCGCCAGCUGCUGGGCGUCGAUUCGCCGGCCAUGCUGGGGCCGCCCGAGCCGGUUGCUGCGCGCCAGCUGUCGCCGCGCGGUUCGGCGACGCUGGUGGACGGAGCAGUAAAUGGGGCUGGUGAUGGGGAAGGGAGUGAAGUGGUGCUGACGGGGAGAGAGAGGCGCAUGGCGCUGCACUGCUACCUGCAUGAGGUGUUCGAGCGAAUGCCAGAGGUGGCAUCAACGUUUCAUCCCAUGCAGGUUGAGCUGUAUGCAGACUUCGACCGCCGCCUGCUGCUGCCCUUUCUGCAGUCAUCCGACUACUACCCCCUGCAAGAUGUGAGUGACUGCAAGUUGGGCCUGGUGGAAGAGCAGGUGUUUCUGCUCACCCGCAUGGGGGAUUACAAAGAAGCGCUAUCACUCCUGCUGGACCGACUCAAGGACGUGAACCGGGUGGCAGCACUCAUGGAGCAAGCAUCAGACAUCUUCUCUCCCAAGCAGCUGCUUGCUGGAGUCGCACCAAACACUUACCUAAAAGAGUUGCGGCAGCAUCUGCUGGCAGUGCUGGCAGCGUCAGCAACAGAGGUGUCCCUUCGUCAGGGCUGCAUUGCUCUCUUGCAAUCCGAGUGCAUCGACCUCCUCUGCCUCUUCAUCCUCCAAUCGCAGUUCGCUGCCCGCUUCUCCUCCUCCUCCUCCACUGCACCACCCCACCUCCCCCUUCUCCCACUGCCAUCUUCCACUAUGACAGCAGCAACCAGCACUCUGCUCUCUCCAUAUGCUUCCCCUCAGGCCACCUCUGGGUUCUUUCCUGGUGGAGCUGCUGGGACUUCCCUACUCAGUCUGUACUCCCGCAAGCCGUUUCGAAGGAAGACAUUUAUCGGAACGUCUGCUGGCAAGGGUAACGAGGGUGAUGAGAGUGAUCUGGUGGGGAGGGCUGGACAGGAGGAGGGAAAGCAGGCGACUGGGGAGAGGGAGGAGAGGGAGAGGAGGAGGAAGGAGAAAGAGGAGGCGAGAGCUGUGGCUUUGGCGUUUCGACAGCUGGAGAUGGGGGAAGUUGGUGAGUAUGGAGGGAUGGAAGGAAGAGGAGGAUUGGAGGGGAGAGAUGGGAGAAGAGGAGGAGGUGGUGAGAGAUCGAAUGGAUUGCCAGGAGCUGUUGGUUCUGACAGUUUUUUUCCCUCCAUAUCUCAAUUAGAGGAAGAGGAAGAGGAUGAGGAUGAGGAGGGAGAGAGUGAUGGGGAGGACGAGGAGGAUGAGGUUAUGUGGAGUGAGCAGUGGUCGUCUGCCCCACUCUUCCCUGCAUCUGGAGGGCUGAAAAUAGCUACCAUUGCUGUCGAGGCUGGUGAAGGUUACAGGGGUGAUAGCAGAACAGGUGGUAACCAGGUUGACGUGGGGCACGGGGGGAUGGGGGAGAGAGGUAGAGGAGGACUGCUUAGAGCCUGGAGCGAGGUGUUUGAGGGAGAGAGAGGGGGGAUUGUGGGGAGCAAGGACGGGCUGAGACGAGCAGGAAGUGAAAUGCCAAGAGGGAAAGAGGAAGGCAUGGGUGAGUUUGAUGCACAGAGAGGGGGAGUUGUGAGGUUGGAGGGAAGGCAAGAGGUGCAGGGUAACAAGUUGAAGAGGGGGGAGGUUGAGAAAAAGGAGCUGCUGGGUGGGGGUCCUCCCCGGUGCUGCCUGUGUCUAGAUGCACUGCAUCUGCACCAGCAGGAAAUUGUGUGUUUUUUCUGCACGCAUGCAUACCAUGUGCCAUGUUUGGAGGUAGCAUUGAAGCUGGGAGGAAGGGGGAGUGGUGGUGAAACAGGAGGGGCUAAGAUGGAAGGGAAUAAUGCACGACUUACUCAGAAGCCUAUGGACAGCACUGAGAAGGCUGGAACCAGAGAACCUGGCAAGCAGAUGCGUCUUGGAUUCGUUACAGGGCUUGUCCCAAAGGUCAAGGCUGCAACAUUUGAGAGAAUUCUGUUUCGAGCAACUCGUGGGAACAUGUACCUUAAGCAGGAGGAGCUUGACGAGCCAGUAGUGGAUCCUGCAACAGGAGAAGAGAUUCAAGAUGCUCUUCAUCGUGCAGUGACCAUGAGCAAGGCAGAUGUGGGUACUAUCUUUCAGACGAUUCGGUCUGGCGAGUCCCCUCCAACAUACUUCAAGACCAACAAGUUCACUGGUGCUUUCCAAGGGAUCAUCGAUGCUUACGGCAUGGCACGGUACCGGGAAGCCAACCCUGGGGUUUUCACCAUCAUCACCUUUCCGUUCCUCUUUGCUGUCAUGUUUGGUGACUGGGGUCAUGGCAUCCUGAUGCUCCUUGCGUCCCUUUGGCUUGUCAAGAACGAGAGAAAGUUGGGCUCCCAGAAACUUGGUGACAUCAUGGAGAUGGUUUAUGGAGGCCGCUACCUCAUCCUGCUUAUGUCUAUUUUCUCCAUCUACACUGGCUUCGUUUACAACGAGUUCUUCGCUGUUGCCUUUGAUUUUGCCAUAUUUGGUGGCUCGGCAUACACUUGUCGCACCCCAGACUGCGGUGAUGCAGCCUCUGCUGGUUUAGUGAAGACAGGCAACACGUACCUGUUUGGAGUGGACCCUCGGUGGAAGGGCUCUCGCACAGAGCUGCCCUUCUUGAACUCACUCAAGAUGAAGAUGAGCAUUGUGCUGGGAGUCACUCACAUGUUUCUGGGCCUUGCUCUCAGCCUCUGCAACGCCCUCUUCUUUGACCUGCCACUCAACAUUUGGUACGAGUUCAUCCCACAGGUCCUAUUCUUGGCUUCUUUGUUUGGCUAUCUCUCACUGCUGAUCAUAGUCAAGUGGAUCACAGCCUCCCAAGCUGAUCUCUACCAUGUCAUGAUCUACAUGUUCCUUAACCCCACUGAGCCACUGGGAGAGAACGAGCUCUUUUGGGGGCAAGGAACACUUCAGCACCUAAAGAAGCGUCAGGGGCGAGCGUACGCAGCACUGAACUCAGACAAUGAACUGUAUGAGAUGGAGGCGUUGCACCCAGGAGAGGAGGGCCAAUUGCACCAUCAUCAUCAUGAGGAGGAGUUUGACUUCGGGGAGGUGAUGGUGCAUCAGAUGAUUCACACAAUUGAGUUUGUGCUGGGCGCCGUCUCCAAUACAGCCUCCUACCUGCGUCUGUGGGCUCUCAGCUUGGCGCAUGCGGAGCUUUCGGCUGUCUUCUUUGAGCGAGUGCUGCUUCCAGCAUUUGAGUCUGGAAACAUCAUCUUCAUUAUCAUUGGCUUCUUUGUUUUUGCAUCAGCAACCGUUGGUGUGCUUCUACUCAUGGAGACUCUCAGUGCCUUCCUCCACGCACUCCGUCUGCACUGGGUCGAGUUCAUGAACAAGUUCUACACUGGUGAUGGAUACAAGUUCCUACCUUUCUCGUUCGAUACAAUCACUGAUGAUGAAGAGUAG